GCGUUCAGCGAAGAAGUCGGAACCCAGUUGCAUUUGACCGGAUUGUGCACAAUUCGCAGUGCAAACGGCGGUGUCGGCAUGCCCGCGAAGGGCCGAGGGAAUGGCGCGCUGCUCUGGCCGUCUUGAUCGGCAGGUCCGCUGGAGCAAGGACGGAUCAGUCGCAGGCGGCCGAGAGUUGCUGGCACCCCCCCCCAGAAGCAGCUUGGGUAUCGGCUUUGGCGAGACUGCAUCGUCAGCGCUCUUCACAGCCCAGUUGCGAUCCCGGAAUCUCUCCCCCCAAGCCGACCGAGCAAGAUGAACCGCGAGCGCGGGGGUGGAGGCCUCGUUGCCGGCGGUGUGGAGUCAUCCCGGAACGAUAAGCAUGCCCAGAUCGAAGAUCAAGUUUUCAAGCUCAAAGAUGAGAAUCUGCUGCUCAAGAAAAAGCUGAAUGCACAGGACGACAUCACCAAAAAGCUGAUCACCAAGGUGCAGCGGCUCACCGAAGAUCUCAGCAAGCAACGUCUCCCAGACGAGUACCCGACACGAGAUACUCUGGAUGCGCGGCCAUCAAAGACAGCCGGAGCAGCCAGACGCGAUGCAAAGGUGCUUGAAGACCUUGAAGACUAUCAAAGCCAGAUUCAGGAUCUGUCAAAGGCCAAUCGACAGCUUCGGCAAAAAGUCCAGUACUUUCGGUCCCUCCAUGAAGCCGAGACUCGCAAGCGAGGGCCCUAUGACCACAUCCCACCACGGGUCAAGACGGGAGCACACAAAAAGAUGCAUCCGACCCUGACGGUGAAGGAGCGGCCAAGGCCACAGCCGGAGGAGCCGGAGGAGAUGGAGCCUCCGCCAGAGCAAGAGAUUCCCGACACACACCUUGAGGAAAACUACCAGCUCAACGAAGAGAUAGCCGAGUUUCAGAAGCUUGUGGCAAUGCUGCGAAGUCAACUGAGCCAGUCGGAGGAGUGCCGUUGCGAUGUCCAGCGACAGCUCGAUCUUCUACAGGAAGAAUAUCAGCGGUCGCAGGCCCAGAACGAUAUCGACCGUCUCGCCCUGCAGCGCGAGAUCACCGAAAAGACAAAGCGACAACGGGAUCUCGAAGUCAAGCUGGACAACUCGCUGUCCAAAAACCAGGCCAUGAAUGUUUCGUAUGAGGAUGCUGUUGCCACCGUCCGAGUCCUGACCGAGGAGCUCAAGGAUGAGCGCAGAAAGCUUGUUGAGGCAAAAUAUCUCAUGCAACAGAUGGAAGACGAUCGACAGCGCGAGGCCGAGCUCAGGGAAAUCAUCGCAGACUUGCGAGCCGAGAAAGAGCUCCUCGAGCAAGAAAUGAGCAAUGUGCUUAGCAGCCAAUUCAGCACCGGGCGGGACGAAGGGCUCCUCUCCGAGAUCGAGAGGCUGAAGAAGAUGAAUGCAGAUCUGAGGGAGACAAUCUCUGAACAUUUGGAGAGCGAGAAGGAGUUACAUGCUCAAAUCAGUACCGCCGAAGAGCGGUACACUGAGUCUCAGCUGGAGUGCAAAUCAGCAAGGCAUCGGAUUGAAGAGCUCCUGGACGAGUUGAGCAGGCUUCGGGAGCGACUGUCCGUCUUUGACCGCUACGGUGGUAUCGACAUGAACGACAUCGAGGAGGCCUUGACAUUGCUCCGGCUGAAGAAGGAGAAAGGAAUCACCAUUGAGUUUCUGCUCAACUUUGAGGACAAUGGCGAGGAGAAGGUAUUGCUCCGCAACCUCCGCGUCGAGCACGCGGAGUGCGUCGUGGAGCUCGAAAAGUACAAAAAGCUGUUCCACCUGCAAGAGAAGAUCAGUGGCGACUACAAACUGGAGAUUCUCGAACUCAACCAGAAAAUCGAGGCCAUACAGAACGAGUAUGAGCUGAAGCUGGAGGAGGAUUCACGGCUCCUGGACCUCCGUGCCAACAAGAUAUCCAAGCUAGAGGCACAGCUCAAGAGCAUGGCCUACGGCACAACUAAAGUGAACGGCACGAUCGUUGACUCGGCCGAAGACUACGAUAGCAUUGUGCUUGCAAAGGGACAAAACCUCAUCGAGAUCCACAUCGAAGGGUGUGUUUUCAGUCAAAGCGCCACAAGGUUCUUUGAGCGCGCCUUCCGAAGUUCGUCUGAGGACAUGAAGAGCAUGACAACAUUCGUGUCCUUUGAGUUUUUCGAAUUCGAGAUCCAGGCCAGCCCUCUUGGUAUCGGCGUCAAGCCCGUGUAUUCGUUUUCUUCAAAAUACAAGGUCUUUGUCGAUGACUUCUUCCUGCUGUAUAUGCAAACUCAACCCAUGUCGAUCUAUCUGAUGCGUGCCGAUGGCGUGGAGUUUUCCGAAAUCGGCUCCUGCAAUGUCGUAUUCAAAGAUUUGAUGGAUCCCCGGCGAACGGAGCGCAUUCAGUAUUACGCCGACAUAGUCAGCAGCGUCGACAAUAAAACCAUCCUGGGCAAAUUGGAAUACUCGCUCAGGGCUCGCAUCCCCAUGGUUGAUGCAAUCAGAGCAUUCAAAGAGAGAAUCGUCGCCCUGAAUCUGACAACCGUCCAUGAUGAGACCGAGAACAGCAAGCGAUUCAUGUCCCGAACCAAUAUGAAUGAGCUCCUUGUCCGAAUAGUGCGCUGCACUGGACUAAAAGGCCCGCCCAACCGAUCACCGGCGCCGUACGUGACGUUUAGACUCUACUCUUAUGACGACGUAUCAACGGAAACCAUCGCAAGCACACACAAUCCCCUGUUCAACUUUGUGAGGCUCUUCCCGAUGCCGAUGAAUCUGGACGUGCACAACUACCUCCGCUCCGAAUAUCUGGACCUGUUUGUCUUGGACGACAAUCCCGACCAGGAUGACUACAUCUAUGGAGUCGCUCGCGUUCCUCUCGUUCAGCUGGCCGAAGACGGGUCUGUCCAAGGCGAGUUCGAGAUCCGAGAGGAGCAUGGUGUCGUCCGCGGAUAUGUGUCGGUGUCCAUGUCUUGGGAACGACCCUAUACCAUCAACAACAAGCCGGCAAUCGUCGAGCUAGAAGAGCAGCUCAAGUCCAUAUGCAAGCAACCGAGGGACAGCGACUCUGACCUGCUCUUGGAGAACCAUAGAGAGCUCCCGACCAAGCCGGUGGCUCGCGCUGGUUCACACGGCACUCGAGCGCAAUUGGCUUCCAAACGGAGCGCCCCCUCUCCACUCCUCCAAGACGGGGACAGCUCGUCAUCAUGCAGUCGACAGAACGUUCGCUUGGAUCGAAGCUCUGCAGCCGAUGGAUCCGAGGGCGGGUCGAGACAUGACCGAAGGAGCUGUUCGGAUGAAUCAAUCGCCGAUGUGCGCGCCGGCAACACUCACUCUCAAAGGUGUGCAGGCAACCCGGAGCGCUCGAGUGCGUCGCUCUCAGGCAGCUCCGAGUCAGGACCCCGGCUUGAGCGAUCCAUGGGUCAAAACAGCCCCUCAAACAACAACACGGGAGGGCGCUCCGUCGAUCGCCGCAACGAGAGCCACGGGCCAGAGUCGGCACAUUCAUCGAGCGAGAACUUUGAAAGCAGUGCAGGUAGCUUCCGUCUCAUCAAUGGAGCCAGCUCUAUGCCUCCAGACCAGGACACUGCCAGCCGAAGCGAUACCUCCUACGGCUCGUCCCGCUCUCGCCAAAGUAUGCGCCGGAAAACACGCCGACGGGGACCCAGUCCUGGGGACUCCAAGUCGAGUCUGUUGUCAGAAGGUGGUCAAGAGCCAAGAACCAAGCGGGGAAUACAGGCGGAAGGCCUCCAAAAACCAGCAGCUAGCCUUAAUGAGCUAUCCCGGAAUCAGAGCGAGCACCAGCGAAACGCAUCAACUGCCAGCAGUCGCUCGCUGUCAUCGACGGGCCAGAUUCGCCAAAGCACGUCUACUAGCUCGUUUCAAAGUGACUCGCAAGGCAGCUCAGAUGGUCGUCAGCGGCUCGGUCGUGAGCGGGACCAAGUGCAGCGAGCAACAGACUACAGCCGCCGUUCAACAGAACCGGAGCAACGGUCUCUUGGAGGAUCGAGAGACUCUGUUGGCCCGUCGUCUGGCUCUUUAGCAUCCGGCUCUGGUUCGGUGGCGCGCCUGAACCCCAGGAUAUCGGAUAAGACCGACAUGAACAGUCGCCGCAGUCCUGAGAGACUGCCACUUGAUAAACAGCCAUCUGAUGAACAGCCUCUUGCUGAACAGCAUCGUGAAGGACCUGAUGCCACUCGCGCUGCAUUUUCGAAUCACAGCCGAGGCAGCAACGAGAGUAUCUCGUCACAACAUAGCGCCCGGUCGUCGACCUCGGCACAAAGUCAUGCAAGCAGUCAGAACGACUUUGACAGUCAAUCUGUCGGCUCUCCAGCAAGCAUGGGUCCCCAACCAGCAAGCAUGGGUCCCCAACCAGCAAGCAGUCAAGGUGCCCAAUCUACUCAGUCUGCUCGACCCAUUCAAUCUGCUCAGCCUGCUCAGUCUGCGCCGAGCGCCGGAACUCUGGCCGAGUCAGAUUCGGAAGCAUCGGAUCGCGGCUCGAAUGUGUCGUCACAGGGCCGGAGAACUCCCAAGCCACCGCCUUUGCCAACUGUCCAUGAAUCUGGCGAGUCGGGCUGGAGCAUCGGAAACCUGCUGGGCCAGAAACCAGCCGCCGAUUCACAGAGUCAAGCUUCCGAGCCUUCUAUCGGCGGUCAAGAGGAACAGCAGUUCGUGAAUCGCUCCAGGGACAAGCUUGGGGCCCAGCGGGACGACAGCGAUCGGUCGCAUCGGCACCAAGAUCAGUGCGCCUUCUCGAUCGAGCUGGUUGGUCUUCAGUUCGACGUUUCCGACGAAGAUGUCUGCGAGAUCAUCGAGGAGGUCGAGCAGCUCUAUGCAAGCUACGACUUCCUGGGCUAUCCACUCGAGAGCCUCGAGACACCCUCGGUGACGAUAGGCGACGAUGGAUUUGCUCGCUUCGACCACAGCAACGAUUUCGACAUGAGCCUGGAUCGGUCCCCGCGCGAGCGACGCUCUCUGUGUCAAAUGCUGACUUCGACCGAGCCCUCCGAGUCCAGGAUCCUCAUCACCGUUGUCAACGAGCCAGGCCCCGGCUCCGAGAACAGCCAGUCCGGACCCCAGCCGACCCAGGCCAGCGAGCUCGGAUAUGCCGAGCUCGAUGUGCGCGAUGCACUGGAAUACGGACGCGACACCUACGAGGAGCUGCUGCCGGUGACGACCCCAGACGGAGCCUUCUGCCUUGGGCAGCUGCGGAUCGUGCUCCGCGGUUGCGACGCCCUUCGAGAACUCAUCGGCGGUGCGGACUGAAACGGCCAGAGUCAUCGUGAGCGCGGCCGCUGCGGGUGGGGUGCUACACCGCGAAUGCCGAUUGUCCCUGGCCAAGCAGCCGUCAGCCUGGCUCACCCUUGCCCGCAGUCGAUGUUUCAUGUUGGCACCAAGCACAGAGCAGGACGCCUGUCAUAAAUCCUCGCUGCAUCGACCUGUCGCUCGAUUCAUAUAGGC